AUGAGUAAGACUCAGGAAAAGAUUCAGGUCCUCACUGCUCAAGUCGCUGUGGUAGGAAGGAUUGUGAAGAAGCUUUCGCAUCCUAAGGAUUCUCAGAAGUCCGAUGAGAAGCCUGUGCAUUCCAAUGAGGAUUCUGCGAAGGCCAAGGAGGAGCUGGAGAAGAAUGAGGAUCUGGAUCAGAAGAAUGAGGAGCUGGAGAAGUCCGAUGAGAAGCUGGAGAAGUCCAACGAUGGUGAAGGGACUUCUGGUGCAACGUUCAAACUUCUCGACACUCAUUAUCUGUUUUGUCUCUCUCUAUCUCUCUUGUGUUUGAGCAAUGUUAAUAAUACCGGCGACGAGGAUACAGACUGCACUUGGGUCCGGACACAUAUUCCAACUGAUUCUGAGGAAGCCGAAGAGAAAAGGCAACAUGAAGAGCUGAUCAAGGCGGCGAAUGUUAUAGCAAGAGGAAAAAGUGAGAGAGUCAGGAGGCUGGCGUCUACACAGGAAGGAAAGCAGGUAAUUAGAAGAAAGCCGAUCCUCCGUCCAAAGAAAGGCGAUCCUCCGAAGAAAGCACCUCCUCCGAAGAAAGCAGCUGAACCUAAGAAAGCACAUGGUGGGAAAGCAACCGGUGGGAAUGAACCUCUAGGGUAUAAUCCAUUUGCUCCACCUCUCGAGGAAAGGAAAACACCAAUGCUGGCAUUCGUUUCCGGAUUACCGGGCUAUUGUGCAGGUAAAGAGCCGGACAAGGUAGCUUACCCGGAAUGGCACUGGUGGUUUACUUUGCUCACGGGGUUGGAAUGGCUGUCGGAUAGCAAACUAGAUGAACGCCUUCACCCGGGCACUACAGUCCAUCGCGGUACCCGGUUCAUCCUCCCAUCUAUUGGCCUUACUGGCGCACCAUGCCAAUGUCUGGUUGGAUCCCAUAUCGUCAUAUGGUACCAUACUCGGCCAAGGCAGCUGACCAGGUUAUCCUCCGAGUCUUCCUCCCUUCAUGCACAGCCUCCACGCUGCCAAUCCGGUUGGGCUCUGACGUGCGAGAAUGCGCUUGACUACACCUUCCUAAACAACAUGUGGUUAGACACGCCACAUGUUCUCAGUACUUAG